CCUCCCAUCCCCCUCCCAAAUCAGCGCAUCUCCCUCUCACCCCUCGUCCAAACCCUAGCCACGCCCUCCUCCAUGUGCCGCCGCCCCCAUCGAUUUCGCCCAACACCAUCGUCGCUCUCCUCCAUGAGCCGGAUCCCCACCUCCUUUGGCUCCCCUUCCACUCACUCUCCCGUGAAGGCCGAGAUGGACGUUUGACGGCCUCGGCUCCCGGAUUCCGCACACCCACUCCACUCCAUCUGCUCUGAUCUGAUUCGAUCUCGGCUUCCUCCCCAAGCCAUGCGACGCAAGACCAGUUCCGGCUCCCGCUCCGGCCAUGACGACGACCAUCCAGUCCGUGAAGGCCCACCAGAUCUUCGACAGCCGCGACAACCCCACCGUCGAGAGUUCGGGUCUGCGCUCGACGAUGAGGGGAAGGGCGCGGCCGCGGUGGCCACCGGCGUGCGGGACGCCAACAAGCGCACCGCGCUGCACUUCGCCGCCCGGGAGGGCCAGACAGAGGUCUGUAAAUUCCUUAUCGAGCAGCUCCGCCUCCCCGUUGACCCCAAGGACGACGAUGGGCCGCCAGGAGACGGUGGAGUACUUGCUCGGCCGCGGGGCCGAUCCUUCGGUCGCGUCCAACAUGGGAGCCACGGCACUGCAUCAUGCUGCUGGCAUAGGCAAUGAUGAUGCUGCGCCUAAUGGACACAUUGAUAUUAUGAAGCUUUUGCUUGGUAAGGGAGUCGAUGUCGAAUCCGAAAGCGAGUCAGGUACUCCCCUUGUUUGGGCCGCUGGUCAUGGACAGCAAGACGCGGUCAAGCUUCUGAUUGAACACAAUGCUAAGUCGAACACUGAAACUGCUGAUGGUAUCACUUCACUCUUGUCUGCUGUUGCUGCUGGUUCCCAAAGUAGCCAUAUGGAUUCUGUUGGUUCCCAAACAUGUACAGGCUGGAAUUAUCUAGACAAGUCCACGUGUCUAUGAAGCUUUGGAGCUGAGGGACGGUGGAUCUGACUACUUGCGCUAGGGUGUUUUGAAGGUUUACAUUCGUUUGACUGAAUUAUACACUACCGUAGAAUUCUACACCAUGUGGUGGACUUAAGUAUCUUAGUGACUUCAUUUGAUGUGUGUAUUUCUGUUAAUUUUAAGCUUCUGUUGCUCUGAAAAUGUACCUCACUGACCGUUUGUCUAUUUAUUGUGUACUUCUUGCAUGAGGAUGUGACUAGUGAUGCGGCGCGCCAAGAAGUAGUAGGGGAAGGGGGUCUCCUGCUCGAGGAGGUGGAGUAGGGGCGUGCCCAGCUGGCAGCCUUGUACUGCUCGUGGGGGAGGGGCAGGAGGGGUCUGCUCCCCUGCUUCCAUUGCGACCGCGGCAGGUUAUGGUUUAAGUGUUGCUGCUAUUUAGUACUACGUGCUUAAGAGCAACGUUGCUGAUGGCGAUGGGUACGUGAUGGUGGCUGGUAUGGUGGACGACCCAGAAUAUGUGGCCUCGCAAGUGCACAUGUCGUAGCUUUCCUCCUCAAAUGCUUCUGUUUCUGCCUCAGCUACUAAGCCAAUAAACACCAAAUCUGGAAUAAGAAAGAGGAUGAGGCCUACUUGAUUGGUGUUUUAACCAUUUUGUUUGUUCAUGUUGUGUGCAUUGAUUCCCAUGAACUAUAACCUGAUUUGAUGCCACCUUGUCUUUUUUCAACUUGCAAGGACUAAGGAUGUAAAGAAAACUAAUUUUGUCGCUCGUAGAGAAUUGUAUUUAUUGUUGACAAUGCUGUGUAAUUAGAAUACCUGAUUGUCUUUUGUAACUUAAUUUCCUUGCAUUUUCAACUCUGAUUUUGAACGAUUAAGGUUACUCUCAUGAACAAUUUUGCUAA